CGAAACAUGGCAGCAUUGAUUAUGAGAUAUAUUUCUCGUGGGUUUUUACAACAGUUGAAAUUUCUAAGGUUAUGUCAACCAGUUACGUAUCAUGACUCUCAGAAAGCACUGUUUCAUACAGUUACCAGUCAAAAGUUUCACUUACUUUACAAGAGAGGUGUAAUUCAAGACAAAUUUCCAGAUGAAAGUCCAGACAUACCAUUCCUGUUAGAUGGAGGAAAGCAGUGCAUCUACAGUGGAUUUGAUCCAACUUCAGAUAGUCUUCACAUAGGAAAUUUACUGGUCAUUAUUGUGUUAAUGCAUUUACAGAGGUUGGGACAUGUAAUUCUUAGUGUGAUAGGAGACGCCACUGCUCAAAUAGGAGAUCCCAGUGGACGUAACACAGAAAGAUCUGCUUUGAGUCUACUGGAUAUUCACAAAAAUAGUAAAUGCAUUCAAACCGAUUUGGAAAGGCUAUUUGAAAACCAUGAAAAAUAUUUCUGGAACCCCUCAAAACCGAAAAAGAAUCUUUCAUCUGUUCGAAUAUUGCAUAAUAGUGAGUGGUAUAAUAACCAAGAUCUAGUCACUUUUCUUUCAACUGUUGGAAGACACUUCAGACUGGGACAAAUGUUGUCACGUACCAGUGUUCAAAACAGAUUGAAUAGUCAAGAGGGGAUGAGUUUCACAGAAUUUACUUAUCAAGUUUUUCAGUCUUUUGAUUGGCUUUUUCUUUAUGACAAAUACAACUGUAGAUUUCAAGUUGGAGGGAGUGAUCAGAUGGGAAAUAUUCACUCAGGUCACGAUCUUAUUAACCGAGUCAGAAGCAGAGAAGUCUUUGGUAUUACAACACCUCUUAUCAAAUCAGACACUGGGGACAAGUAUGGAAAAACUGGAGGUUCUGCCAUUUGGCUUAAUCCAGAGAAAACAAGCCCAUUUGAAUUUUAUCAGUUUUUCAUCAGACUUGCUGACAGAGAUGUUGAAGCCUUCCUCAAAUAUUUUACUUUUCUUUCUCUUCAAGAAAUUGAAUCAGAACUGCAGAAACAUAUGAAGGAUCCAGGAUCAAGGCAUGGUCAAAAAACUAUUGCAAAAAAUGUGACACUUCUGGUUCAUGGAGAGCAUGGCCUACAAUCUGCAUUACGUGCUACAGAAGCUCUUUUCCACUCCACACCAGAAACACUUGUGAAGCUGAAUGAAGAAGAACUACGGCAGAUAUUUCAACAAGCCACUGUGGUAGAACUAUUACUUGAUCCAGGAACAACAGUACUGGACAUGGCUAUGAGAGCUAAGUGCUUUGUUAAUUUAGAGGAUGCUGAAAGAAUAAUCAUGGCAGGAGGUUUUUACAUAAAUCACAUUAGAAUCAACAAUCCCAAGUAUGUCUUAAUUCCAGGGCAGCACAUUUUACCAAAUGGAAUAUCAGUUGUUCGUGUAGGAAAGAAAAAUUACUAUAUCAUCAAGUGGUUAAUGUAAUAACAAAAUUAUUUAGAGAUGAAAGAUCCAUCAAGAAGAUUGUCAGAUGCACUUUCAAAACUCAUUGUUUAUUUUUAAGAUUUCAUCUGUCCACUAAUGAGGACAACAGAUGCACUAUAUUGACUACUUGAAGAACAGAUAAUAUGAACUGGACAGAAAUAAAACACACACACAUUUUUGUAAAUAAAUGUUUCUGACAUGUUUUCUCAUCUAAAUGUUUUUGAGUUUGUACUUUAAUGUAACUUUAUUACUAUUUAUAUGGGCAACACUUUAUUAAUAAGUACUUUUUUCCCAGUAUGAAAAAUAUGCUAUUACAGAAAAGUUUUUAUGAGCCUUUGAUAUUUUUUCAAACGAAACUGCCUGUUGUAUAUACAAAAAAUACAUAAUUUAUAAAAACAGUUAACCACAUUUGUUUGAAAAUGUGAAAAAAUUGAAGCAGAUGAAUGGUUGAUUUAAUAAUCAACUAAAUGGCUGCAUUAAUUUAUGAAAAACUUUGAUUUGAAGAAGUUCUGUGUUAAUAGGUAGACAAACAACAAUUUAUAAGCAUAAGGAAGAAUUUUAUUGAUGGUGGAGCAUUCUAUGUUUCAACAGAACAUUGGUCUGUCUUCUUUGAGCAUGAUCAGUACUAAUCAAUACUAGGUUUAUAUUUCAUUACAAAGACAAAAGACACAGGGGUUAAAUGUGAUGGAAAUGGUGUCAGCAGGUGACAGGAUAUAGGUAAAAUCUGGUCAAGUGUAUGAAUGGUGAAUAGACCUUGCCAGAUAUGACUGACGUUGGUAGGGCCAUUAUCAUGGUUUAGUGAGAGAGCUUUGCUCUGAUGAUUUCUGUAGUUUCUAAACAGUCUCUUUCUUUUUUUUAGUUUUGGGUUGGUGUAUGAAAAGAAUUUCAUCCCAAAGUAUUUCGUGACCUGUUUCUUAUUGAUGAUAUAAUAAAAUUAAAUUAUACAAGAUUAAGAACAGUUUAUCUUUUGUUAAAAUGAGAGCUGGUAAGUACAGUUGAUUCCCUAAGUCAUUAUUUUAUCAUCUGCAUAUCUACCUGUUGACUUGCAUCAAGGACAACAAGUAUUUUGAUGAACAGUGAUUCUAAUUUCAAUAUGAAAACAACUUAAUAACACUGGUAAUUCAUUCAUUGUAAUCUGUAUGUUAUGAGCAUUGUUUGAAGACA